AUGCGUGUGAGCUCUCUUCUGUUAUCGCUGGCCGGCUCGGUGACUACGGUCGCAGCUGAGCCUUCCAAAGUUGUCGCCAAAAACUCUCCAUCUGUGAAAGCUGGCUGUCAAGCCUUGGAGAAGCCCCUUGCUGAAUCGGUGUUCUUACCCAACACUGCUAUUUACGACUAUGAAGCCCAGAACUUUUGGUCAAACACUGAGAUUUUGACCCCGGGUUGUGUGUUCCGCCCACAAUCGAGUGACGAAUUAGCUGAGGGUGUGAAGGCUCUUGUUAAUGCUGACGCCGAAUUUGCGGUGCGUGGUGGCGGCCACAUGGGUAUUCGGGGCUCCAACAACAUCAAUGGCGGUGUCUUGAUUGUAAUGUCAAAUCUGACUACCCUGCAAUUGAACGAGGAUAAAUCAGUUCUCUCGGUCGGCCCCGCCUAUAGAUGGGAGCAGGUAUACUCCUACCUCGCAAACUAUGACUUGGCUGCUGCUGGUGGUCGCCUUGGCCCUGUUGGCGUGCCAGGUUUGCUUCUUGCUGGUGGCGUCAAUUUUUACGGAAACCAGGUUGGCUUCGGCUGCAACACUGUCAUCAACUACGAGGUUGUUCUGGCCGAUGGGUCACUUGUUAAUGCCAACAGCACCCAGAACUCGGAUCUAUUUUGGGCCCUGAAGGGGGGUAGCAGCAACUUUGGUUUGGUUACUCGUUUUGAUUUGGAGACCAUUCCGUCAACUCAGGUGUGGGCUGGCGCUUAUACCGUAUCAGCUGAAUAUGUUGAUGCUUUCCUUGCGGCUAUCGCAACAUAUGCUUCCGACAUUUUCGACACCAAGACUCACAUCGUCCCUGCGCUUGUUCCUGGGGAUUCGACUCUCGCGUCUGUUAUCUUGUUCUACGACAGUGACAAUACAACCUUCCCUGACAUUUUCACUCCCUUCACCAAGAUACCUAGCGUCAGCAGCACACUUGCAUUCAAGACUGUCGCGGAAUUUGCCUCAGAGCUUGGCGCAAUGGUUGUCCCUGGUAUCAGUGACGUUUUUGUUGCUGGAACAGUGAAGGGAACGACCUACGAUGAACUUUACCAAGGUAUAAGCAUCAUCAACACGACCUUCUUCAACGAGCUUCCUAAGCUCUACGCACAGGUUCCUUCUGCCAAUAUCUCGACCAUUCAGCUAGACUGGCAGCCAAUUGGCGCCGACUGGAUUGAGGCGUCCGAAUCUCGUGGCGGUAACGCUCUUGGCCUUGAUUCCUCCCAGGUGUACCUGUGCUACGCCGAAGUCGUCGAAUGGAUCGGAUCGGCAUAUGAUGAUGUCGUCGCAUCAUGGGUGGAAGAGACCACCUAUGCGAUCAACAAUGCCACUCAAAAGGCCGGAUUGUACCAUGCGUUCAACUACAUGGGUGACGCUGCUGGGUUCCAGUCGAUUUUCCCCGGAUAUGGCGCGGGUAAUCACCAGAAGCUGAUCAAGAUCGCCCAGAAAUAUGAUCCCAAUGGUGUAUUCCAAACGCUGAUGCCUGGUGGUUUCAAGGUCUAUUGA